CUAAUGCAAACCUGAACCGAUUGUCACUUCCCAGGCAUUUACGCAGCAUUGACAAUAGCUUUGCUAACUUGUUCGUCCACUGUGUUAGCCCCGCUGAAUGAGUCGAGGCUAACUGCACUUCGUUGCUUCUCUGCGUUCGUGCAUCAAGUCCGCCAUUAGGUUAAUUGUCUCCCAAGCUAGUGUAACAUCUGGUGGUGAUGGUGGCCGUCCCGACGGUGCUGGGAAUAGCCUCCAUCCGUGUGUACACUGUGAGCGAAGUCCCCACGGAUGGCCUGGUCAAUCGAGAAAAGCUGAACAUCUACACCCCACUGCCACAGUCUGCUCAGGUUGAGUUUGUUCCAGAGAGGCCGGGUGUUAUUGAGAGUGGAUUAACUGCAGCGAGACAGAGCAUAGUACCAUUUUUCCAGGCUGCAAAGGGUGCCUGUGUCUCUGUGAAAAGGGGAAGUGUUAAUCUGUACCAUGCAGCAGAGGAUGCAUACUAUUACCUGAAAGACCCUCCCCCAGGUUUUCUACCCAGGUUUGGCACAGUCACCAUGGCUGGCCUGCUUGGCAUGUUCUUGGCACGGAAAGGCUCUCGUUUCAAGAGGGUAGCCGUUCCACUGGGCUUGAUGAGUGCAGGAGCUUCAGUAUGCUACCCAGCCCAAGCAGUGGUUGUGUUUAAGGUGACAGGUAAGAAAGUGUAUGCUGCAGGGAAGUGGAGCAGCGCUGCAGUUUCUUCACUGCUCUCCUCCAAGCCCCAGGAGACUGUUGCCAAAGAGAGUACUGCUUCACAAGUACAGUCAGCUAAGGUGUCAAAUCAACAGUCUGCAGUGGUUGAGGCCUCAGAGUCCAGCUCCACCACCGACAGCUCACCCCAAAGUGCUACAAUCCAAGAAACAGAGGUGGAAUCAGCCGAGUCUGUUCCUGCCUCUGAUGAAUCCAUUGCCGUUGUCACAAGAAAGGAGGCAUCAUCAGUAAUAGUCACAGAGAUCCACCCCGAACAAGCCCUUACAGAGACUAACACAGAUGCCAUUAUACAUUCAGUGCCAGCAGAGACAGAAACUGCUCCUUCCUCUGAGGAACCACCUGCCCCUGUUGAAAGUGAGGAGCCCUCAGACACAAAAGAAGUACCAAAGAACAUCUCAAAUGAAGCCAGCCCAGACGAGUCCACGGCGAGCUUACAACCAGAGACGGUAGUGGCUGACCCAGCCGAGUCUGCUGAGGUCGAGGUCGAGUCCGCUCCUUACUCUGAAGAACCACCUGCUCUAAAGUCCUCAGACGAGCCAGCAGUGCCGGUUGUUGAAUCAGCUCAGCCCGAACCCACUGUUCAACCAGAGUUAUCUGACCAACCACCAGUUGCUGCUGUGGAGGAGACCCCAUCCCCGACACUCACACCACCACCACCACCACCUCCUGAACAGCCUGCAGCAGAAAACAACAAAGGGGGUGCUGGUUUCAAGCCAGACUCUUCUCUGAUGGAUUUUGGCCAAUCCCACCCCGAGGAUGAAGACCUGUACAGCACACGCAGCUGAGAGACCACAGUUGGCCGCAGGAGAAACCUCAUCCCCACACUGCCAUCUCAUCCAGACUGAAGAACACUCUAUCAUUAUGCGGUGUAAAUUGCCACUUUGCAAGCAAGCAUAGUCAGGAUGUCUUUUAUCUAUAUUUCCAUUCUCAUUUUUUCUGCCUACAUCAUUUAUAUUUCCACAGAAAACAGCCAAGUACAUUUGCAUUGUAGCAGCAAGCAGUGACAGUCGCUUUAUGUGGAAGGACGGAAACCUAGAAAAAAAUACACCCACAGCUAAUUUCAAGUCUUUCAAUUCACAGAUGGCAGACUGUGAAAAUCUCUCCCUGCUUGUGUCAUUUAACAAUUAUCUGCUUUUGCUCUACAGCUUUUACAGUCAUGAGUGCACGCUGCGUUUAUUUAUUGUAAUUUAGCCGACUGUGUUGGUAAACUGAAAAUACUGCACAUGUGCUGGUAAUGAUUAAAAGGUGGAUUAGUGCCGUUCCAUUUUGUUACAUCAAAAAUUGUCUUCACUUGUCGAUAUUAACAACUCAAAAUAAAUCUAUAUUUUUCAGGA